UGGAGAUGGGCCGGCACGUUUAAUAAUUUGAUCAUUCUUCCACCAAACAUGGAAAGCACAUUCCCACCCUUGUAAGCAAAACUUGAUCAACAAAAGCACAUGCAUAAAAGCCAUGAAAAGGAAGGAAUAUUGAAGAUCUCAAGAGAGAAUGGGAAAGGCGAGAAAAUGGAUGAGUAUAGUGAGAAAGAAGUUUCUGAUAAUUCAUCCUCAUCCUCAAGAAACCGUAAUCGUUCUCCACACAAACAUCACCCAAGAAAUAUCAUCAUCAAAUACCCAUCAUAACAAUAUUACAGAUCAAGAUGAUCAUGCCCAUAUUUCUCCUGCUAUUAUUAUAUCAGGAGAAUUGAUCAAAGAAGCUGCGGCGAGCAAUGAGAGAUAUCAGUUAAUGACUACCGCAGCCAUAAAGAUCCAGGCUUGCUUCAGGAGUCAUCUGGCAAGAAGAGCAUUUCGGGCAUUAAGAAGUCUAGUUAAGCUGCAAGCUUUGGUUCGAGGUGUUUUAGUGAGGAGACAGGCUCGAAUGGCUAUACAUUGCAUGCAUGUUCUUGCCCGUCUUCACAUCACAGUCCGGGCAAGACAGAUUUUCACCUAGAAUUUUCCCUUCUUUUUUUUAGUACCUAAUAAUUCCAACUUCUGAAAGCAAUAAUAGAUCAAUUUGCAACACUUUUAUAUCACAAGGACAGACAAUACGUUGUUGUUGUU